AUGGCAGAAUUGAACUCACUAACAUUGGUUGAGUUGAAGGCAUUCGCAAAACACAACGGAAUUAUUGGUUAUUCACGUAUGAGAAAAGCAGAGCUCAUUAGAAAAAUCAAUAGAGUCAAACACCAUUGGACACUUGUUGAGAGCAAGUCUGCAUUAAAUGAUUUUGCAAAAAUGUAUACUAUUGAUGGAGCCGGAGGUUAUGGACCGAUAGAUUUUCUUCAGGCUGUAAAAUCGACCGUUAUCAAGUUUUUAUUAACGCAGAACAAUAUAAAGAUGGUGCUCGUUUUGAGGUGUAAUAUGUUAAAGACAAACAUUGAGACGGGCGAGGCUGUGCUAAAUCCUGCAUAUUUUUUAUCUCACGUAAAUAUUCUCUUUCAAGAUACCGAUCGAGAAGAGAUUUAUCAGAAAUGUGUUGACAAAAUGAUGGAGAGUUUAGCAAAGUUUACAAAAGAGGGAAGUGGUUGGACUGUAGAUUCGAUUGCGGGGUUGGAUUUGCACACGACAAAAUACAAUCCUUUGCAAGGUUCAAGCUAUAUCAAGCUGUCACCAGAUCUCGCAAAAAAGAAGGCCAUUGUAAACAUGAAGAAUAAAGACAAUGAGUGUUUCAAAUGGUGUGUUACGAGAGCGUUAAAUCCUGUGAAAAAAGACCAAGAGUGUAUCACAAAGAUUUUGAAAAAGCAGGCAGAAAAAUUGAAAUGGGAUGGGAUUAAGUUUCCGAUGGAGGUGAAAGAUAUUCACCGCUUUGAAAAGUUGAAUCCGGGUAUUGCUAUCAACGUCUUUAUGUAUGAAGGUGAAAUCUAUCCCUUGAGAGUGAGCAAUGUCGAUAGCAACAAGCCCCGCAUCCGCCUUCUUCUCAUCUCUGAUGGUAAGAAAACACAUUACUGUCUCAUCAAAUCUAUGAGUCGACUCUUAUCGAGUCAAUUGUCAAAAAAUGAACAUAAAAAGUUUAUCUGUGAUAGAUGUCUAAAUUAUUUCGGUUCUCAGAAACUGCUUGACAUACACGAUGAGUUGUGUCGAGAGCAUGAGGCUGUGAGAGAAAAGAUGCCACCUCUUGAUACUUUUCUCUUCUUCAAAAACUACCACAGAAAGAUAGAUGUGCCGUUUGUCAUCUAUGCCGACUUUGAAUCGAUCAUCAAACCUCUGCACACCGUUCAACCGAAUCCUAAAAAGUGUUACACCGAAAAGAAGCAGAAACAUAUUCCGGUGAGUUUUUGUUACUACAUCAAAUGUUCAUUUGAUGAUAAACACUCAAAAAAGGUUGAGUACAUUGCAAAGUCUGAGGAUGAAGAUGUUGCACAGAUAUUUGUCAACAUGCUUGAAGAGGAGGUUAAGUCCAUUUACAAAAAUCAUCCCAAAAAAGAGAUGAUCUUCACAGACAGUGAUGUUGAAAUCUUUGAAAAUGCAACGUGUUGUUGGUUGUGCAAAGGGGCUUUCAAUGAUGAACAUGAAAAAUAUAAGAAGGUUCGUGAUCAUUGCCAUUACACCGGCAAAUUUCGAGGUGCUGCACAUAACAAAUGCAACCUGUUAGCCCGACGACCAAAAUUCAUUCCCGUUGUCUUUCACAACUUGGCAAACUAUGACGCUCAUCUCUUUGUCCGAAACCUCGGAGUUACAGAGGGUGACAUUGAUUGUAUACCAAACAAUGAAGAAAAAUAUAUCAGCUUCACAAAACACAUUGUGGUUGAUACAUUUUUCGACAAAAAGAAGAAAAAAGACGUUGAUGUAAAGAGAGAGUUGAGUUUCAUAGAUAGCAUUAAAUUUAUGCCUGGCAAGCUUGAGGAUCAUGUCAAGAACCUUGCCAAAAAUGGUGAGUCUUUUUUUCAAAAUACAGGAAAAUACCAUACCGGUGAGAAGCUUAAACUGUUGAUGAGAAAGGGUGAAUUUCCUUACGAAUGGAUGGAUUCUAUAUACAAGCUUGAUAAAACUGCGCUUCCACCAAAUGAAUCAUGGUUCUCUUCGUUAAGUGGAGAUGGAAUCACUGAAGAAGGCUCUUGUCAUUCACAUAAAGUAUGGAAAACCUUUGGAAUGAAAACGUUUAGAGAUUACCUCAAACUUUACAAUCAAAGUGAUGUUCUUUUGCUCGCCGAUGUGUUUGAAAACUUUAGGAAGGUUUGCAAAGAGAACUACGGCCUUGAUCCCUGUUGGUACUACACUGCACCGGGGCUGGCUUGGGACGCUUGCCUCAAACUGACUAAAAUAAGGCUUGAGUUGUUGAGUGAUGUUAACAUGUUGCAUAUGUUUGAGAAAGGUAUUCGUGGUGGGAUCUCAAUGAUUCCAACACGAUACUCAAAAGCCAACAACAAAUACAUGGGAGAAAAGUUUGACCCCGCUCAACCUUCAAAGUUUAUCACGUAUCUCGAUGCAAACAACCUUUACGGUUGGGCGAUGAGUAAAAAUCUACCAACACAUGGUUUUGAAUGGGUAGAUGAAAAAGAUUUUGGGAAGUGGAAAAAUUUUCCCUGCAUUCUUGAGGUUGAUUUACUCCCCAUUGAGAAAGAUUUAUACGACUACUUUGACCACUACCCUCUCGCUCCUCAGAACUUGUUGGUUAAUAAAGUAAAAAAGCUGGUCUGUACCUUGAAUGAAAAGAAGAAGUACAUCAUUCACCAUGAGACUCUGAAGCUUUACAUGAGUCUUGGAAUGAAGAUUGGAAAGAUUCACCGCGUCAUCAGGUUUGAAGAGAGUCCUUGGAUGAAACCAUACAUUGAUCUCAACACAUCUUUGAGAGCCAAGGCCGACAACGAUUUCGAAAAGGACUUUUUCAAACGCAUGAACAAUUCUGUAUAUGGCAAGACGAUGGAGAACAUUCGGAAACGAGUCGAUAUAAGACUUGUCAACUCAGAAGAUAAGGCGAAGAAGUUGGUAAAUAAAGUGAACUUCAAACAUUGUACCAUAUUCUCCGAGAAUCUCUGUGCAAUACAUAUGAGAAAGACAAUAAUCACCUUCAACAAACCUGUCUAUCUCGGAAUGUGCAUUCUCGAUCUCAGCAAGAAUCUGAUGUACGACUUUCACUACAAUUACAUCAAAACCAAGUACGGAGACAGAGUGAAGCUUCUCAUGACCGACACAGACAGUCUCUGCUAUGAGGUUCAGACUGAUGAUUUUUACCAAGAUGUAAAAGAUGAUGUGAAUCGUCUGUUUGACACGAGCAACUUUCCGAAAGAUCAUCCUUCUGGCUUGCCGACCGGUGUAAACAAGAAAGUUAUUGGAAUGUUCAAGGAUGAAGCUGGAGGAAAGAUCAUUGAAGAGUUUGUAGGUCUGAGAGCGAAGCUUUACUGCUACAAGAUGUUUGAUGAUGGAAAAGAAGAAAAAAAAUGUAAGGGAGUGAAGAAAAAAGUGGUGGAGAACACUAUAAAAAUGGAAAACUAUAAAGCGUGUCUGUUUUAUGGAGAAAAACAACACCGGAAGAUGAUCACGUUACGUAGUCGAAAGCAUGACAUCUUUACGGAAGAAAUUAACAAACUCGCCUUGUCCGCAAACGAUGACAAGCGAAUCAUUCUUUCAAACAUAGUGGACACACAUUCAUGCAGUCGAACUGAUGAAUGA